CUGUAUCUUCCUGUCGCUUGACGGAGUUUUCGUAAACAUCUAGUGCCGGGAUCUGGAGAUGUUCAGGCGAUCGAAACAUGUCGGACUCAUUGGCUACCGUAAAGAAUAGUAUCCAAGAGUACCUAGAAACUCUCCCCAAACAAACAUUUGACAAACUCUACACUCAGCCUGCAACAUGUUUAGCCGCGCUUCGACUCCUUCCACCUGUCGCCAAGCAGAUCGUGAUGCGACUACUCUAUACACAACGCCCCGUCCUGAAAGCAGAUGUUGAAGCUUGGUGCUUUCAGGAGCAUCGCAGCGAUCUCCGAGAUAGUCUGAAAAAGCUUGCCAAAAUGAAUAUUUGCACAGAGACCGGUAGCGAACAUCUCCAGAUCAAUCGAAUCUUUCAAGAGAAUAUGCAUAAUGCUCUGGUUGGCGGUGGUACACAUGCGAGUUUCGGAAAGCCUGCCGAUACCCAGGAUAAAUAUGAGGUAGACAUUCCUUUUCUCGAUCGGUAUGCAUCUGAAGCCUGGGAGGCGGUACUACACUACCUUGUUGGCACACCAACUGAGAAACGACCGAAGGCAGUCGGAAGAUUACUUGUUGCAUCUGGACUACAAGAGCAAGAUGGCCGGUCUGGUGUAACGGACGAUGAAAGAACCAUGAUCACAAGCAAAGGAUUUCAAUUUCUAUUGCUAGAUGUCAAUGUUCAAGUGUGGUCGCUCUUGCUCCAGUAUCUUGAACUGGCAGAGAGGCAACUGCAAAUGGAUAUCGUGGAGGUCCUGAAUUUCCUGUUCCAAGUUGGCAGUUUGGAGCUUGGUCAGUCAUAUUCAAUAGAUCCUUUGACGGACACUCAAAAGAUGGUUCUGGAAGACCUCAAAUGGUUUGGCCUCUUCUAUCAAAGGAAGAAAAAAUCGAGCAGGUUUUACCCCACACGAAUGGCGACAUCCCUCACGUCAGGUUCAAUGAUUGCUGCACGGAAGCCAGAAGAAGGUCAUGGAUAUAUUAUUGUGGAAACCAACUAUCGAAUAUAUGCUUAUACGGAGUCUCCUUUGCAAAUCGCUAUUUUAAGUCUCUUUGUCUCCCUGCAAGCACGCUUCCAGAAUAUGGUUGUGGGGCUAAUUACACGUGAUGGAGUAAGAGAUGCGCUAGCGAAAGGAAUCACAGCCGAUCAAAUCAUUACCUACCUCACCGCACAUGCACAUCCGGAGAUGAGGAAACAGUCGCCAAUUUUGCCCGAGACGGUUGUUGAUCAGAUUCGAUUAUGGGAAAUGGAGCGGAAUAGACUGCGAGUGUCUAGAGCCUACAUGUACAACGACUUCCCCGACAUACAGGAGUACAAGCAACUCAGCGAUUAUGCAGAGCCAUUUGGUGCGAUUCUCUGGAAGAAUGAUAAGAAGCGGAUUUUGGUGGUAACUGAGGAGGGUCACGAGCAAGUCAAAGCGUUUAAGAAGAGAAAGCAGGCUGCCAAAGGGAUUCCUGGAAGUGGGGGUCAUGGCCGAGCACAAGCAUCUCCUCUCCCUUCACGAUGAUGCCAAAGAAGCCAGGGUAAAACGAUUUGACAAGAUACUGGCAGUGCCUCUUUGUGUGUCGGGUGUUCUCGUCACGCUGAAUUGGCCAAUUGCUGAUGUGCACAUUCCACCUAAUGCCGUCAGUUCACCAGCCCUAUAGUGUUAUAAUUGGUAACAUUCCGGAUUGCCGUUUAUUCCGUGCAUACAGAGCGUGUUUGGAUAAUGCAGAUGUUCUCUUCAGAAUGGAUAAUUAAACACAUGCGCUUCAGAUUCUAUGGACUAGAUAGUUUAUGCAAAAGCUUCAUCCCUGUCGUCCGUAUCUCGAAUGCUCAACACCUCAAUUUGUCCUCUA